CAAGCACCUGUCAGCAUUUAAUUGAAAAAGGGAAAUUUAGUAAUAAACGGUUAAUUAAAUUGAUGGAUGGCUAGAUGAAAAGUGAAAGGUUCACACAAGGUAUUUCAUCUAAUCCUGAAGUGGACAUGAAUUUCUCCUAAAACGGGCACAUGCAUAAUUCAUUGUUUGUGGUGAAUGUACUUUUUUUUUCAUUCCUAUCUGCAGACAACUCUUGUGAGAGCUUCCAGACAGUCUUAUUGGUGCCCUGAAUACAUUUGCCAGCUCAUUUUCAUUGCGUGUAUAUAUAUAUAUAUAUAUAUAUAUAUGCACAUUUAACAAACCACAAAAUGAGGAAUGUGGAUUUUGUCCCCAUCACUCACAUAAAAGGGACCUUUUAAUAGCAGGUCUGAACAGGAGGAAUUAUUACAGCCAUGUCCAUAGAGGUGACUGACUCUUGUUUUUAGGCAGAAUUGGGAAAAAUUGUGAGGCUAUCCUUUCAGAACAUUUGAUUUUUGUAACACUUCUGUAACAUUUUUAAUUUAGGUUGAGUAUUGUUAUGGUUUGUGGUAUUGCUACUUACUGAAAUAAAUUGUAAAAUUCUGGAUACUUCUUCCUCCAUUUAAUAUAUACAACACUGAAAGAGGGCAAUACUUAUACUACUGGUACAUUGUUUGCAGUAUUUUGUAUCAUGUUGUGCUUUUACUUUUAGUUAAAUAACCUCUAAACGUCUCCACUGACUAACACUACUCGUUCCUCUCUAGGCUAAUACAACAGGAGUAUUUUCUGUGCACGAAUAAACGUCCUGUUGGAGACAGUGGGCUCCUGCCGAGAGCCCGUCUCACUGUUAUUGUUUACGGUCAGACUGAUGUAAAGUAGGUCAUGGUAAACAGGAAGCUUUGCUCCCCGCUCACUCCGCUGUCGUGUGUUAGCUCUCUAGUAAUAAGUGGCUUCGAGGAACAACGUCUCUGUGGUGAACAAGGCAGCAUCUGGAUUGAUGCUCUUCCUCCAGCAUCUGGACUGAACCUGAGCUGACUAGGCGGGCUCUUCUACUGGUGAGACACUGUUGCUGCCAUGUCCAGGCACAGCAGGAACAGUCGUGCGUGGAGAUAUGUUUGGGGUGGGAUACGAAGGGAUGCUGACGCCCGUGCACUUGAAGAAUGGAGCCAUGACCGUUUAGAGUACAGUGAUUCCGAUUCUGAGGCAGACUUUUCGGCAGUGAUGGUCCCUCCAGUCCCCAGUGCAGUGCCCGUCACCGGAGAGUCCUACUGUGGCUGCGACUCCCAGGCUGAGACCAACUACAACCCUCGUCUGCGAGGCUUUCACCAAGUUAAAGACUGCCACUGUGGCGAGGACGACCAAGAGUUUGACUGGGUUUGGGACGGCAACAGCCAAUCGACGGCAACAUUACUGAGCUGCGACAAUCAAAAAGUGAACUUCCACUCUGAAUACAGCUGUGGCACGGCAGCAAUCCGUGGCUCCAAAGAGCUGGCUGAAGGGCAGCACUUCUGGGAGAUCAAGAUGACGUCUCCAGUGUAUGGAACAGACAUGAUGGUCGGCAUCGGUACUUUCGAUGUCAACCUCGACAAAUACAGACACUCGUUCUGCAGCCUGUUGGGAAAAGAUGCAGACAGCUGGGGUCUUUCUUACACUGGAUUGUUGCAUCAUAAAGGAGACAAAAUGAACUUCUCCUCCCGGUUUGGACAGGGAUCCAUCAUCGGGAUCCAUCUGGACACGUGGCACGGCACACUCACUUUUUUCAAAAACCGCAAGUGUAUAGGUGUUGCUACCACGGAGCUCCAAAAUAAGAAGUUUUAUCCGAUGGCGUGCUCCACUGCAGCGAAGAGCAGCAUGAAGGUGAUCCGAUCGUGCUCUGCGCCCACCUCCCUGCUGUACCUUUGCUGCGCUCGCCUUCGCCAGCUGAUGCCGGACUGUAUAGACACCCUGGACGUGUUGCCGCUGCCGCCGGGCCUUCGCCAGUUGCUCCACAACAAACUGGGUUGGGUGCUCAGUCUCAAUAGUGGCACCACAGAGGAAACCCCAGAUGGGCCCGAGCGACCCUCGGGCUCGCCUGCCCCCCCCUUGGCUGGACCGUCCUCCUGUGAGAGUGACUCGGAGGGUUGCCCAUCUGACCCCGAAGCCUGUCAGAGGAAGAGAUGCCGCUGGACGUGACUGCCCAGCUCGACUCAAACCAUCACUGGCAGACGUUAAUGUCCUGAGGCCUCUGAUCUAGUGUUUCCUACCUGCUUCAAGCGUUCCUCAACAUCAAUAUUAUCCAGUGGCGAAGAAAAUAAACCAGGAUCGGAGCGGUACGUAAGUGGAAAACUGUGACGACAUGCUUUACUGUGAUCUUCUCUUCAGAUAUGUUCAUGCUCGUCAUACAUUCAGUAUCCAAACCAGCUUCAGUAAUAAGUACAGAUGUGCGGUGUUAUUAUGUUAGUCACCAUAAUUUGUUGCCGUUCAUGUAGGCGAGUAGCGAAAUGAUGCAGAAACGGACUGAACAGUGUAACACUGAAGUCAAGUAAGGCCAUAUUUUGAUGGUCAUCAUAGUACAUUUGCAAAAAGUGGGUUGAAAAAAUGAGAGACUGUAUAUUUUAGGGAUGCACUGAUACUGAUAUCGGGCCGAUAUUGGAUCUAUUCAAUUAUAUUAAUCAAUUAUGUUUACAGACUAUAUACUUUAUAUACUGGAAUUUCAAUUCCUGUUAAAGUUGUUGCUGCAUUUAAACAGGUUUACUCAUGAAUUGUAAUUCUGAUAACUUUGAAGAUAUUUUACGAAGUUGCUGGCGUAGGAUUUGUUAUUUUAAUAAUAUACACCAAUUCAGUAAAUUAUAUCUAUGUAUUUAUUUGUUACAUUUUGUUUUACAAAGUUAGUAAAACAAUGUUUCCUGAUGUUUCCUUACACAUAAAAGAAUGAUCCCAGUCAUUUCCACACACUGAGGCAUAGAGCUUAUUAAUUAAACACAAGUAUUGUAUCGUUGCUCUGUAUCGUUGCUCUGUAUCGUUGCUCUGUAUCGUUGCUCUGUAUCGUUGCUCUGUAUCGGUGCUCUGUAUCGUUGCUCUGUAUCGGUGCUCUGUAUCUACUGUUACCCAAAGCCCAGGUAUCGGUGCCCGUAUUGGGACUGAAACAUUGGUGCAUCCCUUUUAUAUAUUUUCUGUGUUUUCAACCUGUAUGCAAAUACUGUAUAUUGUUCUCAACCUUAAUACCAUUGAUGCAUUAUCAAAGUAAUAUGUUACAUGUUUUACUGGCAUCUGCAAUUUUCUGUUGGGUUGCCAAAGUGAGACAUUGAGUCUGUGUCUUAGAGUGAAAGAGAGAUAUGAAGAGACACCCCAUAGGUCAGAGAGUAUUCUUUAUUUGUUACCCAGAGGUUACAGCUCUAAGGCAAAAAACGUUUUAAGACAGAUCAAAAAACUUGUUACAAGGAGUUGAAGUGAGCCUGAAUGUAGUUUGCAUCUUUAAGUGCUCCAAAAAUGAAAAUAUUCCAGCCAUCAUCUCCAAACACUUUUUGAAAGUCUCCUGUUGAUGUAUGUAUGCCACUUGUUUGUAGAAGGGUUUCCUCUUUCCUAAAAGAUGUCCGCAGUGUGUCCUUGUUAUUUAGUGUAGCUCUUUUAAAUCUGAUCAUGAGACUAGGAUGACACUCUGAAGAGACUGCCGCACAUGUAAAGUAACUUUUAAUCGCUGGUAUAUCUUAUUGUUUUUUAGAACUUUAAAAAAAAGUUAGUUUCUUUGAUUGACAAAAUAUGAGAUUAUGAGCAGUUUUAGUGUUUUUUUUUAACUGAUCUGUUUAUGCAAGUGUGUUAUUUUGGUUUUCCCAAAGCAUUGUCCCAUCACUUCCUGUACCAACUCCUCUUGACUGUAGUUAAUUGUACUUUAUUCUAAAUGAUUUUAGUAUCAAACACUCACAUCCUUUGUUGGACUAAUAGCUGGCUCUAAAAAGUUGCUUAUUUUGUAAGAAUUAGAUUCCAACUCGAGUAUUGCUGGAUCAUGAAUGACCGAGAAGGGGAACAUUACCUCUGGGUCAGGUGUGUAAAACUAUAACAAUAGAAGUAUAAAGAUGGAGUUUGACCCAGGCGUUGAAGCUAUACAGUCUGCCAACUGCUGCCUCAGUCACCUGUCUCCGAUCAUGUUCGCUCCUCAAGGGUCUUGGUUCAAGUAGACGUGCACAAUGAUUUCUGGUACUAUGCAAUAAAAGCAGAAGGAAUGUGUGUUUUAAGACGUUAAGAUGGACACACACAACAUUAGUGGUGAAGGUACCAGAGCACCGUGAUAAUUAGUCAUGAGUAGUGUGACAUGACGCACUUAAUCCUGUCCAGUUGUGUAAUGAUUGAUCAGAAUUAUCCCUAAAUAUCUAGUAAUAUAAGAGAUUAGUUGUAGUCCAGCAGAUGUAUUUGUCUUAUUUCACUGCAUUUGUCUUCACUUUGAUGCAUCCAAGCACUUUUUCUUACUGUUGUACUGUAAAUAGGUAAAAUUCUUAGUGUUUCUUCUAUACCGUGUCAUAUUAAUAAUUCUAUAUGUGAAGGCCUUUACUCACCUUUUUCUGUAUAACUUAUCAGCAUGAUUUUCAGCUGAAAAUAAAUGAAUACUAAAUAUGCAAAAAAAA